AGUGCAGCUCAGUGCAGGCGCGCGUGCGGGCAGCGGUCCGAACAGCGCAGCGCGGGGCAGCGCGAGCUCCAGCCGGCGGAGCCGUUAACGGCCGUUUUCAGACCUGCGGAGAAGAAACUGCGAAAAUCUACAGGAAUAAUCGGUAAUUAUCGCUUUUUACGGAUUUUGUUGGGAGCUGUGUUGAACAGGAAUGACAGCAGCCCUCAACAAGUCAUCAAACAAAGUCUGCAGAGUGGAAAUCUCAUCUCCUAAUUUAACUGAGCACAUGGAUUCUGACGGUGCUGUGCUGAGCAUGGAUGCUGAAGCUGCACUUAAACUGCUGGAGGAAAACUAUGCUCCCUGGUUUUGGCUGAAUCUCUCCUCCCAGCCUUUUCUGGACUCCUGUGACUCCAAGAGCUCUGUAGAUCUUCCUGAGGUGCUUUUAUCAUCGUUGUUUGCUAAAUCAGAGUCCUUCAAAACUGUCCUGCUGUCGAAUGAAGAAUCUUUACUGGAGUUUCUUUCCACGGACAAACCCGGAACAGAUUUAUCAGCGCUAUCUACAGCGUCUCCUGAUGUGGAUUUUUCCCCAGCAAUGGAGAACUGUCAGAGAACCAGCCCAGAGCAGCCUGACAGUUCCACAGACGAUUAUCAGGGUGUCACCCACUUCCUUUCACCACAGCAAUGCUCCGGAGGGCAGAGCAGAUCUGCUGGAUGUGUUUCCGUGCCUGGACCUCCCGCAGUGAGAACACAGGAGCCCAACCACAGCAAGCAGAACCAAACUGAGGCCUUCAGGCAGAUUCAGCCCUCAUCAUCUCAGAUUCUGCAGCCUUCAGCACUGCGGGAGACCCUGAAGACUCGGACGAAGGUGGUAGCUUCUCACCACGAGUCACUAAUGGCUCGAGCAGGCCGGGCGAAGCUCAGGCUGCAGACACUCCUGGGUGGUCAUGCCAUACAGCACUGUACCACCCAACUACAGGGUUUAGACAGAACAGUCUAUAAUGAGGGUCCACCUAUAUCUUCCUGCCCACCAGAACCCAAAAACCUAAACUCUGCUCCAGUGAAGCAGAACGAACAUAGCAGUCCACUUGAUUCCUCUUCUGUGCAUCAAAGCUUCCAUUCCAAACAGCUGAGUGAAGAUGUGCAGAGUUUAGCGCAGUGUGGACAGGCCAUACUUCACACAGUCCAGGCGGAUCUAGACUCGGACGCCACGGCCAGCAGCUCAGAUGAGGAGUGGGACCCCAGAGAAACCAAAGCAACCACAGCUACCUCAGAUUUAUUUCCAUUGCUACUCAUCAUGUCAGGAAUAGCAACAAGGAUUUCGCAAGGCAGACGCAAACACAGGUGUCUGGGUUGUGAGUGGAGGUGGCAGUGUGAGAGGGCAGAGCUGGCUAAUCACUGGACGUGGCUACAGAUCAGACUUUCUGAACUGGACUGCAGGAUCCAGCAGCUCAGAGCCCUUCAUAAGAACAUCCUCGCCUGUAAGGGCCGUGUAGUUCUGGCCGAGUCUCAGCCCCUCACCGACCGGCAGAUCCAACAGACGCUGCUGACAGAAACUGCUGGUCUGGCUCUCACCGCCAGAAACAUGACCCCCGAUCUGGACACUGAGCCCAGCAGCCCGUCACGCCUCCUCUGGAACAUAGAGAGACAGAGUGCCCAUCUGAGUCGGAUGGUGAACAAUCUGAUGGCUCCACUGAAUCUGUCUCCGUCCCCCUCGUCUGUGGCUAAAGGUGCAUGCAGACGCUGGAAAGGCCAGCAGAAACGACCCUUCAGCAGCCCUUUAACAGACCGGUUCCUCAGUGCUGGUUCCUCACAUUUUGAAGAGGCAGGACAGAAGAGGAGGCGAGUGUGUCGUCAGAGACUGUUCCCUCCCCAGGUGGACACUACUUGUGUGUGUGCACGAACACGUCCUCUACUGACCUAUCACAAGCCUCGCCUCUUCACCAUGGAUCAAUCAGCAAUCGAGCGACAGGGAACAGUCCCGUCAGUCCUGCGCUGUGCCAGCUGUGUAUCCUGUGAUCCUGUGAGUGAGUGCUCAGACCCAGCCUGCUCUAACAAUGCUAAGAUCACUGCCAGCAGAGCUCACCCCAUGCUCCCCCUCUCCUCAGAGAACUUCUUAUCCGUCUACCUCCACAUGGGCCUUGCUAGAGAGAACUGGCUCCGACAGGACCAUCCCAUUUACAGCUUUACAACUGCAGAGAAUACACUCCACUCCCCAUUCAGAUGUACACACCGGUUUCCAGCAGCCAGACGCGCUCACACUCACAGGAGAGAGAGCACUCCGGUCCGGUGGACUCGUACCAGCCAGGACACGCCCAGUUCUACUCCCAGACCCAACAGACCCACUCCCAGGACUCCCAGACCCACUUCCAGACGGGUUCUGAAAAGAAGGCACCAUCAGACACAGACAGAUGUGUGUCUGUCCCAAACUGGAGCGCUCUAUCCCAGCCCUGAGGACAGUGGAGAGGAGGCCGUCACACCCAACAGCUCUAACACACACCAGAGAAACUCCACACCACAGUUUUCUGUGCGAAGGCGAAAUGCAGAAAGCGUCUACAACAUAAACAACAUAGUCAUCCCCAUGUCCCUGGCUGCUUCUACUAAAGUGGAGAAGCUUCAGUAUAAGGAUAUUCUCACACCCAGUUGGAGGAUAGUUGACAUUGUUCCUCUGGUGGAAAAAAAAGGAGAAGAGGAUGAUGAAGAUGAGGCGGAUAUGCUCUCAGACGAGACGUUUUCUCAGAGACACCAGCGGUAUGAACACAGAGAGAAACUCCGCUGGAGCUCCUGGGAGAACGGCAGGAGCAGGACCAGAUCUACCAUGUUUUCUGGUUCUCUACAGCUGUGCUCAGAUCAGUCAUUGACCCACAGCAUGCUCGGAUCCUCACCUGAGUUCAGCCUGGAGGAGAGAAAGCCCCAGCUGCCGUGGGAAAGGCGCGUGUUUCCUUUAUCUCUGGAGGAAGAGGAGGCUCUGAGAUGUGAGGAAGGUGGCAGUAAAUCAGAGGACACUCUCUGGUCACACAGAGAGAGAGCAGAGCUGAGUUUCACUGAGUUCAGCAGUGAGAACAGCUUCUCCUCUUUCAGCUCUGCUGCUGCCACGCCCCCUGCUGGACACACGGAGAAGUAGCACAGCCUGCUGAGGUCACCACUGAAACCUGCUGAUGCUUCAACACUGAAGGGCAUCAGCUCACCUGUGCAGUUCUGCAGGACCAGCUGUUCCAGGAGAUUUUACACCAUCACACAAAAUCAGAAUAAUCACAUCCAAUCAUUUCUCACUGAUUGAUGAGCUUUUUACUGUCAUGUUUUUCUGCCACAGGGAGAAGCUUUUUAAAUUGUAAGAUUGUAAUAGUAAGAGCAGGGCCUCUGAAUGGGACUGUAAACUGUCAUUAUUUAUAUUAGUUACUAGUCUAUAGCUAUUUUUAUUAAAUUAAAUGAUAUUAAAUAUAUUUAUUUUUUAUAAAUCUUUUUAAGUAUACAGUGUGAUUUUUAUGAUUUUACCAACACAUACUCUACUUACACUAUCAGUUCACGUGUGAUUGUAUCUGGUGUAAUAGACAGGAACACAUGCUGAUUAUUUUUUUCUAAUGUUGGAUGUCACUGUGUUUUUAAACCUGUCCAGUAAUAAUUCAAUAAAUCUACAAAUCGCACACCUUCA